UGGUCAGUAGCGUCAGUGGUCAGUGGUUAGUUGUCGGCCUCUCAUUAUAGCUUUCUCAUCAAUACAUAUCUAAUCCAAAUUCGAUCCCCUUUUUAUUUUAAAUCCUCCCAAAUUAGAUAACCAAACUCGAUUUCAAUAAAUCAAGACAUCAGUAUAGAAAAUAUAUAUUCGUUACUAUAAUAAUUUAAAAAUAGAUAGAUUAUUAGGUUAUCUCAAUUUCGAUUCUGUUUAAUGUUUUUGAAUAUAGCGAAAAUAAUAUUUUGCAGAUAUAGGAAAAAAUGAAAGGUUUUAUUUUUCGGGAAUUCGCUCGUAAAACAGAUCCGUAUAAUUGAAUUCCCGAUCCGUUACAGCCUCUGUAACAGAACGUUACAUUAGUAGUUAUCACCCAGCGCACACGUGGCGUCCAAACUUGCCGUUUCGAAGGGGAGAGGGGAUGGCGGUUUAAAUGGGCGGUGGAAUCGAACAGCGGGCUCGUGGUGGAAGGUUUCCUAAUCUGUCUCUCCGCACCUCUUCGUCUCGCUUCGGCGAUCUUUAGGGUAGGGUUUGGAGUUCUUUUGGGUCUUCGGUGUCAUUGCUCUUCCGCGUCCGGCGGAAGCGCCGGCCAAUUCAACGAGCGCAAUUUGGUGAUUAAUGUUCGCUUCUUUUUAUCCUAUUUUGUUGAAUUUCUUUGUUAAUUGUAACUCCUUUCGCCGUCUACUCGCUUUUGAUCUUGAAUUCGAUGGAGUGCCUGACGAUUUGUUGUCGAUUUCAAUCGAUUAUUUGAUGGAAUCUUUGAUGUCUCAUCCGAUGAUCAUCCGGCCUAAUUUCUCCAUAGCCCCUGAAAAUCUCAUGGUAUGUGUUUUUCCUCUUUUGUUACGCCCGUCAUUUGAAGGGUAAAGGAACACAGGAUUGGGCGCUGUAGCUGAUGUUUUAAGUAUUAGGGAUUUUGUGCCAGAAACUAAUGGAUUUUCUUCAAAUCGUGGUAAUGAUGCUUUAAGUAUUUGGGUUUUGUGCCAGAAACUGAUGGAUUUUCUUUAAAUCGUGAUACGAUCCUUGAAAUUAAUUCUUCUUCUGCUGGUAACGGGAUGGUAUGGCUUUACCGAUCUAUUGGUGUUUACUCUCUGGCAUUGUCAUGUUCUUCAUUAUGCAUGUUUUAUCGAGGAAUGAGGUUAGAUUUGAGAACAUUGAACCGAGUAAGGUUCUUCAUUUACUGGCAUGUAUUAUGCUGAUAAUGUGCUGGGACAUUAGAGUUUUACAAGAAGAUGUUUGUUAAAGAAAAUAGUUUUUUUUUUUAAAUGGAUGAUUUGCUGCAUGGUUGGGCAAUAUCAUCUGAAGUUACCAAUAAUCGCAUCAGAAAGUUGAUGGAGGUUCCUCUGUUAGUACAGUUCUGGUGGGCGUUUAAUAUUGAAUCUGAACUCAUUUUAGCAAUAGCCAAUAACCUCCAUGUAAUUUUUCAAUAAGAAGCCCCUUAUAGAAGUCUUUUCCCUUACACUUUUGGUUGUACAGAUUUGAAUUAGGGUGUGCAGUUCGGCUUGGAUGCCAACCAGCGAAAUACUAAGUUGGCAGGUCAGGUUUUACCAUGCCGAUAUGCUGAAUCUGUGCCACCUUGGUAUGUGCUACAUAGCAUUGGUCAUUUUAUCACAUAUACCUGCUGAUCAGUUGAACAUUGUAUGAUUGUCGUACCUUAAAAUUGGUAGGCUGAAAAUGGAGUUAAAUAUGGGAAUGAUUGUGUAUUUAUCUGAACCAAAAUAGUAUACUUCUUUGUAUGCAAAUCUCAUUUUAGAGGCUUCGAGGUUUACCUUUUUUUUUCGCGUCAUGGCCUAAUAUAGUUUUGGCACUUAAAAACCAUUCAAAACUUCAAUCAGAAUAUGGGAUGUUGUUGGUUAAUACUUUGAUUUUAGUAUCAGGAAUAUUACCAGUAAUCAUUCAUACAUUUUAUAAUAACCCAAGAUGGCUAGAAGAUUAAAGGAACAAAAAAACAAAACCUGUUAAAUAAAAAGCCAUAGUUUUUAGGUUUGUUUGUUUAGUUGAUGUUACAUGGCCUAUUGCACCCACACACAAGAAGUCAGAAAUAUAUAUGUGUUUCAAGUUGGUCACUUGUGUCAUUUUUAAUUAUACUAUCCCAAAAUUAGAUGACAUUAUCAGCAUAACAAAUUGAUCUUUUUGUAAUUUCAGUUAGGUCAAAAUUAUCCACUGAUGCAACACAACCGAAUGAUCUUGAAGGUCUUUGGCAACCGAAAAUUUCAAAUGCUUCUGCUCGAGCAUUUAACCAAUUAUUUACAAAUGCAGCAGAAUGAUGAUAAAUCUUACCAUGUUACCAUCUCUCUUUCUUCUGUUGAUUGUAAUGUUUUUAUCCUUGUCCUUCUUCAAAAGUUAAUGCUUCAGAUUCUCCCUCAAAUGAUGGUUUACCUGACACCAUCUUGACAAACUGUUUGACCAUCGAUCAGAAAAACGGUGUGGAGCCUGAAAAUAUACAGUGUUUGUGUGGUCCAUGCCUGCAGUGGCUUCCACAGAAUGUGAUCUUAUGGUGCCAACAUCUGAAAGAACCGUUGAUUAGAACAUUGUAGUGCAAUCCUGCUAAAGGAGCUGGAAGAAAUGGCUUUAAGCAAAUCAGAUUGGAUAAGGAGUUUUUUAGGCUAAACAACUAAAAUGCGGAGCAGUCCAUGGAUGAUUUUCUUGUGGGUAUCAUGAAUAGGCCUUUCUCUUGAGCAGAGCAUCCCAGAUUGGUUAGCUUUUGACUCUUGAUUCCCUUAUCACAUGCGUUGUGAUAUUUGAUGCCCGCAAGGUUACUGAUAGAAUGGUUUUUCUGGUCUCGGGGUUUCUGUGGUACAAUCAUGAAUUUGAUCUGCUAAUAGAACGUGUUGGUAGUGUUUAAUGGAGUUGAGGUGCACUGCUGGAGAGAAGGCUGAGUGGGAUUGUACAGUUCACUAUUUAGGUCAACAACAGCAUAAAGUCUGUAAUAUUGUAUUUACAUCAAUGUUGAUACAGAAAAAAAUGAUGAGAUGGAGAUCUGACAUGCAGCAAAUUUGGACUUGCCAAGCAUUAAAUAGCAAAGAAGCAAAUGAACUUGAUGGUCUUAAAGGGCUUGGGAAGAAUCUUCAACAUGCCAACUUUGUGGUUCAUAUACAAAAGUUGUGGGCGCCCUCCUAUUCGGUCGAGACAUUGAUUAAAGUGUUGUGGAGUUCUCAGCCAUGUGGAAGAGAUGGAGGAGAUUAUUCAUCUCAUGAUGAUUCAGAUUUUGGAUAUACUAUGCAUACAUGUUGCACACAUCAAAGAUACUGAGGAGAUGUAGCACGAGUUCAUCAGCUUUGCCAGAGAAUACCUUGUCGAACAAGAAAUCACUUGGUGAUAAUGAUUUCAAGGCGGUAAAAAAUGCUCUCAAUUGAUAAUAUGUGAAAUGGUCAUCCAUUGUUAUCUUCCAAUAUGAUUUGCCAUUACUAUAUGAUACUGCUGUUUGUCUCUUAGCCAGAUCGAUCAUUCCAAACAUCAGAGUCAAAAAUUACAGCGGCAACGAUUACUUACCAGUAAUCUCCCUCUUUCUCUCUCUCUAAGCAUCUACAAGUUACUGCAACAACAGAAACGAAGCUUCCGUGAUCUUUGAUGGAUCUCACAAAUCAUGGUCUCCUCCUGCUGCUCCCCCUGAUCUCCUGCUGCUGAAGAGGAGGGCGAAGAAGCUGACGGUAGCACAGAUGCCGGCGACGAGGUUGCCCUCGCGGACGAGGAUCUUGAGGGCGAUGGCGGUGAUGUCGGCGGUGAUCCGCCGCCCCUCCAUGACCAGAGACCGCCGCGGCUUCCCCGCGAAGGCGAGCAGCACUAGCACGGUGAUCCACGUGACCAGCGUCGCCGGCACCGCCACCGCGAGCGCCGCCCCCAUCGCCAGUAGCCCGAAUACGCCUCCGUACAGCACCGACGCGUACAGCGCCGGCCACCCGGCAACGUAGGUCGGAGAAGUGGAGGAGGAGGAGGAGUGAGAAGAGGCGGUGUUGUACCAGGAGCGGAUGGAAAGGAGGAGGCUCCAGGAGCAGUAGAGGAGGAAGGUGUAGACGAGGAGGAAGAGGCAGACCCACGUCCGCCUCAUGCCCAUGGCUCUUACCAGGAGCGGUCUCUCCGGGCUCGCCAUCGUUUGCUCGUUGAGGAGGAAGAAGAUGGAGGAGGAGAAGGAGACGGAAAGGGGGCAAGAAGAGGGCUAGAAGUGGUGGUACAGAAGAGUUCGCUUUACUCUGCCUGCCUACCUACGUGGGCUGCCGGUCUUGGUUAGUAGUCAACAGCCUGGUCUAAGUUUUUAUGUUACUGUCCCGAAGGCAGGAGUUUGCCCGGGUUCACCAACAACAGUCUGUUCUUCAUUUUUAAAUUUAAAACAAUAGAUAAAUUCUUUUUUGAA